UCAUAUGGUUUCUACUUGAAUACCAAGUAAAACUUGAUUGAAUAUAAACAUUUGCACCAAUGUUUUUUUCAUCAAAAUCUAGUUAAUGUAGUUUGUGACGCAUUUUACGUGUACCGGUAUUGAUCACAUUUAUUCGAAUCGCAUUUAAAAAUCGUGCAUUUCAAUCUGUAAAAUCAAUAAAUAGUGAAUUGAAAUGAUGAAUCGAUUAAGCCGCUUGUUACCAGUUUGCAGGUUAGGUUGUAGUAACCAGCUAAAACCAAAAACUAUAAGUCCACUGUGUUUGGUUUUGCAAAAUCAACAACGAAAUUAUGCCGAAUUACCAAGAAUAAAAAGGCCUGGCGAAGGUAAAGGGCCACUCACAUGGAAAUCUCUCAAAUAUACUGCUGUUUGUGCUGCUGUUAUGUUUGGUAUUUUGAAAUAUAUGGAAGCUAAAAAGGAUGCAGAGAUAGAAAAAGAGCGAAGGAAAUCAAUUGGAAAGGCGGCUAUUGGUGGACCAUGGGAAUUGAUGACAACCACCGGUGAAGUGAAAAAGUCGUCUGAUUUUCAUGGUAAAUGGGUAUUGAUUUAUUUUGGAUUCACACACUGUCCCGAUGUGUGCCCGGAUGAAUUAGAGAAAAUGGCUGGCGUUAUUGAUGAUUUAGAAAAGAAAAAAAUUCAAGUCCAACCGCUAUUCAUAACUGUUGAUCCGGAACGUGAUACAAAAGACGUGCUUGAAAAGUACAUUAAAGAGUUUUCAUCGAAAUUGCUUGGUUUGACUGGAACCAAAGAGCAAAUAGGUGCAGUAUGCAAGAAAUUCCGAGUAUACUUUAGUGCUGGUCCAAAAGACAAGGAUAACGAUUACAUUGUCGAUCAUACAAUAGUUUUGUAUUUGAUAAAUCCAAAGGGUGAAUUUGUCGACUAUUUCGGACAGAAUAAGAAACGUGCUGAAGUGACUGAUGAAAUUUUGGUCACUGUCGCCAAAUACAAUGGAAAAAAAAAAAUCAAAUAAAUAUUUCAAGAAAAUAAUGUUUAUUUAAAGAUUCUUUAGCAAUAAAAUUGAUUCAAAUGUAAAA